UACACUAGAUAAACACUUGCAGAGCUUAUGUGGUGCUCAGCACAGCCAGCCUACUCCUAAUAGCUAUAGCUUUGCUCAGACAUUUCUCCACCCUUCAUAUACACGCGCGCGCGCGCGCACCCAUUACUAACACCAAUUCCUUCCUCACCUUUUUUUCACAUCUCUCUCUCUCUCUCUUCACUCUGCUCCUCCUCCUCCCUGCUAGAGGUUGCACUGCCUAUUCUCCUCCACGACUCGCCCCAUACUUGAUGAUAUAAAGGUAAAAAUAUAGAGAGAGCGGUACUGGAUUUUUUUUCCUUCUUAAUUUUCUCAACGACAACGUCUCGGCAAAUUCAACAAUGACCAUGAGGCUUUCUUUGACCGCCUACAAACAAGUACAGCCUCGUGUGAAUUUCCAAGGGGGGCUAAACAUGAAACCUUUCUUUCGUCGAAAAGAUAAGGUUGUGUUCGUUGUUGGACCGACUGGCACAGGCAAAUCAAGGCUGGCUAUUGACCUGGCAACCCGUUUCCCAGCCGAGGUUGUCAAUUGUGACAAAAUGCAAGUUUAUAAAGGCCUCGAUAUAGUCACAAACAAGGUCACUGAAGAGGAGUGUCGCGGUGUGCCUCAUCAUUUACUUGGCAUAGCAGACCCUAAUGCAAAUUUCACUUCCGAUGACUUCAGGCACCAUGCAUCACUUGUUGUCGAAUCAAUCGUGACACGUGAUCGGCUACCGAUCAUCGCCGGUGGAUCAAAUUCCUACAUCGAGGCUUUAGCAAAUGAUGAUCCUGAAUUUCGAUUAAGGUAUGAAUGUUGCUUUCUUUGGGUGGACGUCUCACUCCCAAUCCUUUAUUCAUUCGUAUCAGAGCGGGUCGAUCGAAUGGUAGAAGCAGGCUUGAUUGAUGAGGUGAGAGAUAUGUUUGAUCCUAAUAAAUUUGAUGAUUAUUCACAAGGAAUCAAACGGGCAAUUGGGGUUCCUGAAUUGGAUCAUUUUUUACGAAAUGAGGCGAUUGUGGAUGCUAAAACUCGUAGAAAGCUUCUUGAUGAGGCCAUUGACAAAAUUAAAGAAAAUACUUGUAUGCUAGCUUCUCGACAAUUACAAAAAAUCCAUCGGCUUCAUAGCAUAUGGAAUUGGAGCGUGCACCGAAUCGAUGCCACCCCAGUUUUCCUAACGAGUGGAAAGGAGGUUGACAAUCUUUGGGACAAACUUGUGGCAGGACCAAGCACCAUGAUUGUGAACCAGUUUCUUUGUGACAAAAAUUAUGCAUCUCCCAUUAUACCGUCAGAAUCAAUCAAGAUGGAGCCAAUCUCUGUCCCGGCCAUGGCUGUUGGCGCCACUCGAUAGAGGCCUGUCAGGUCAUCAAAAUCACCAUCAAUCACACUAGUGCUAUUAUGCCAAUUGGCGCUUUUGCCACGUGGCAGGGUGUGAUUAAUUGUCUUUUUACCGUUGAGAGAGACAAUUUUGGUACUUGGGUAAAAGUUGUGUAAGAAAAGGAGAGAAUAAGGAGAAAAAGAAAAGGAGGUUUUUUUCUUUUUUUCUUUUAAUUAGUUUGGGGCGAUUUGUCUGGUCGUUAAGUACCUCUAUUUGGCGGGCCGUACAUUUGAGGAAGCUUCGUACUAGUGUGUGCUUCACCUGCAUCAUGAAUCAUACGAUACAGUACGUUUUGGAGGGUGGAUUGUGGGGGUCCAAGGUUGUGAUUUGCACCUGUAUUUCUUUUUCUCAGCACGAUAGUUACAUGGAAUAUAUACAAUGGUGAUUGGAAUUGUCUAAA